AUGUCGACCGAAUCACAAAAACGCAACAUUGUAAUCAUCGGUGGCGGCAUAAUUGGCUCAACCACAGCCUACUUUCUCUCACACCACCCAGCCUUCAACAAAGAAACCGACACAAUCACCCUCCUAGAAGCCACCAAGGUCGCAGGCGGCGCCUCAGGAAAAGCCGGCGGCCUCCUAGGCCUCUGGGCGUACCCAAGUUGCAUUGUACCACUUAGUUACAAACUGCACCAAGAGCUAGCUUCCAAACACAAUGGCGCUGAGCGCUGGGGCUACCGCGCUGUGCAUUGUGGUCAAGUUGACAUGUACGGAGUGUUAGCCAAGAAGAGCAGCAAAGAAGGGGAUGGUGAUGUGAAUGGUAAAAGUAACCAUGUGAGUUUGCAGAAAAGAACCCAGAAAGCAAUGUCGUUACUGCGUGCAGCCGGCGUACCGAAAGAUCUAGACUGGGUGGCUGCAGAAGGCAUGCAAUCGUACGAGGAAAUGGGUACACCGCUUACGACCGCACAAGUACAUCCGUAUCUUUUUACUACGAGCAUGGCGCAACUCGCCGAGGAACGCGGUGUGAGAAUCCUCUUUGGGUCCGCUACAAGUAUCAACCAAGAUGGUAACAACACGGUAACAUCCGUAUCCUACAAGCCCAAAGACUCAGACACGGAACAAAUCCAAACCCUCCCCGCAACAACCGUCAUCCUAACCGCCGGCCCCUGGACACAAACAAUCUGGUCCCCCUCACCCAUCUCCGCCCUCCGCGCCCAUAGUAUAACAAUCCGGCCCUCCCGGCCCGUCUCCGCCUACGCCCUCUUCACCUCCAUCACCCUACCCACCAGCCCCACCAACAAACGCGGCGAAACCGUAACACCGGAAAUCUACGCCCGGCCCAACAACGAAGUCUACGCCUGCGGCUCAGGCGAUCACCUCGUUCCCUUACCCACGUCCUCCGACCUCGUUGCAUGCGAUGAAAGUCGUUGUGACGAGAUUUUCGAGCAGGUAGCUUCCGUCUCUGAGGAACUGAGAGAUGGAGAGGUUACGGCGAAGCAGGCGUGUUAUUUGCCCGAGGUAAGUAGAGGGAGAGGAGGGGGUCCGUUGGUGGGCAAGACGAGUGUGCAGGGCUUGUUGAUGGGGGCUGGGCAUACGUGUUGGGGGAUUCAGAAUGGGCCUGCGACGGGGAAGUUGUUGAGUGAGAUUGUGUGGGAGGGCGAGGCAAGGAGUGCGGAGAUUGGGGGGUUGGAUCCGAGGAAGUUUGGGGUUUGA